UCUAAUAAAUUGAUCAAUUUCUCAGCCAUGAAGCUCUUUGAUCGCUUCCGCAAGAUCGUCAUGCGGUUUGUUUUUCCCAUUCCAACGUCCGGCCGGAGGAGGCCGAAUCGGGCUGGAGCAUCGAUGUCGGCCUCCGGGCUGGGCUCAGGACAGAGGCGGAGGUCGUGUGACAUGCCCGACCCGCCCAAGACUUCGUGUAGUUCCUAUUACUCAUCAACUUCUCAUUAUAAUGAAGCUAUUGCUGAUUGUAUAGAGUUCUUCAACAAGUCUUCACAAGAUCAAGGAAUUUUUAGUGGUAGAAAAUCGGACGUUAUUGUGUGA